AUGGACGUGGCUCCGAGGCCGGGAAGCGACGCCACUGGAUUGCAGCCCACGUCUAUCGUGUCGCCCGCAAGAGGUAGAGGUCGGAUACCGCCGCCACCUUUCAAUGCUGGUGGACUGAAGCGGAAUGCGCUGGAUCAUAUCAGAAGCUAUCGAAGAUUCUUCAACAGCAGCCAAUGGGCGAGAAUCGACUUGCAUGCAGCUGAAGGGCCGUCUGGGACAACGGAUAUUGGCAAGCACUCAACUAAGAAACAAGCUGAGGACCCGAUAGUGAAGCGCAAAGUCAUCCAGGGUAUGCUGAUGACUGACCUACAACGCCUUCUCGCCGGGAUAGAUCGAUUGGAACGCUCACUCCGUCGAGGACGCUACCCGAGAUGGCUCGUCAACGGUACAUUAGCUGCCCUGUGGAACGCAAUCGUCAUCAACUACAUACCUGCCCCGAAACGAGACAGCUACGGUAGCCAUAUUCUGCACAGCAGCUAUAUCGCGACAGGGGCAUACCUGCUAUCACUGCCACUCUUCGGAUAUCCCAUACUGAAUUAUGAGCGGCAGUUGUCGUGUACAGUGGCUGUUAAAGAGGGCCUGAUGGACCUGUAUGGACUCGUGCGGAAGGGCGCUGUUCUUGACGACGCUGAUAUUAGUUGUCUCACCGACUCCCAGUGGGAUGUAGUUCCCUGGUCCAAGGUGGAAACUGAUGUAUAG